AGGUAUGAAAUGAGUUAUAUAUAUGCAACCUGAUUUUGAAGGCUAUACUGCUUGGUCAGUUCUGCAUUUUGCACUCUACGCCCCCAACUCCCGGAGCUUCGAUUUCUGGAGUUGAUGGCGGUUCGACAUCAUUGAAGUGAACGCCGGCCAAAUAAAAGUGGGAUUUAAUUUUCCAUUUAAGCAAAAGCAGGAAUGGAAAGCACAAGUGGCAGGGCCAAAUCUAGGGAAAAUGGGAAGCUCUUGCCAUUUUCCCAUUUCUCCUCCCACCCUGCUGGGCCGAUGCAAUCGGGGAGGUUUCCAAACCUCCCCUCGCAGGUGGUGAUCGAGGAGGAGCAGCCCUCGUGGCUGGACGAUCUUCUUAGCGACACGAGAACUCUCUUCUACAGAGGCCACCGCCGCUCAGCCAGCGAUUCUUGUGCUUACUUGGCAGCGGAGGCGUUCGUGUUGGACGACGAAUCCGAUUUUGUCAACGCCUAUUUCGGAUCCCCUCCCGGACCUAAAAAUAUGGACACAAAGGAUUCGGGAGAAGUGGUUUAUUCGGUAGCUGUAGAACGUAGCGGACAUGAGUCUAGCGCACAGAACGUCGAGGAAUCCGCCGACUCUCAAGCUAAGAUUGCUGGAUCGAAGACAGAGUUAAAACGCGCCAAGCAGCACAAUGCUCAGCGGUCGAGAAUAAGGAAGCUUCAAUACAUAGCUCAUCUCGAGAGGACUAUCGAGAUUCUCAAGGCGGAAGGAGCUGGAGUCUCAGCCGAUCUCGAGUUCAUGGAGCAACAGAACAUGCUGUUGACAAUGGAAAACCAAGCACUGAGGCAGCGGCUCGAGAGCAUCUCCCAGGAGCAGAUGAUCAAACAAUGGGAGCAAGGAAUUCUGGAGCGGGAAAUCGGGAGGCUGCAGUCUAUAUAUCACAUGCAGAAGCAACAACAAAUGCAUCCGCAACAUAACCAACUUCCUAAACACAGGCGAAGCAGAACCAGCCUCGACGAUCAUGUCAACCAUAGUAUUGCCAUGAAGACCAAGGAUGCCAUCCCCAACAUUGGUCCCAUUCGCGUCUAAAUUAGUACUAGUUUGGUUAUAUUACUAUUUUUGUUUCGUCGCUCUUUUAGUACUAGCGCAGAUUUUGCCACGACCGUUAUCGCUUCUACUAGUUUUAUCAAGUGAGUUAAUUAUACAGGCAGCUUUCUCUAAUAGAAGUGACACACUGAUUAUGAAAAAGUGGUUUUUUGAGUUCUA